CACGUGUGUCCUUUUGCUCACCGCGACCAGUGGCAUGAUCUCAAGGCCAACUUUAGGCGGCCGUAUACGUCCCCGAUACUCUCCGAGGCUACCUCAGAGUUCCCCGUUCGUCCUCUCAUCGAGGUACACUGGGUUGAGCACAAUGGCAAAGUUGCCGCGUUUGCCUGUGCCAGACCUUCGCAAGACGUUGGACCGCUACUUGCAGUCUAUUCAGCCUUUUUUGCGCGAAGACGAGGCACGUGGUCGCUCUCUCUUUGAAGUCAGCUACGCAAAACGCGUUCAGUGGGUAGAUGACUUCGAGAAAGGCGUCGGCCGCCUUUGCCAGCAUAAACUCCAUGAAUUGGACGCUCGCUCGCCACAUAACUGGCUAGAUGAUAAUAUUUGGACGAACUUUGCCUACCUCUCAUGGCGUGCCCCGCUCCUCAUUAAUUCCAACUGGUGGCUUACAUUCAUUAAUGAUCCCUCCGUACCCGAGUCUAUUUUGCGCGGCGAUACUGCAUCAGGUAUAGAGCCCUGGCAGGUCCGCCGAGCUGCGUGCAUAUUGCACCGCGUCCUCGACUGGCGCGCACGCAUGGUCAACCAGCAUCCAGACCCCGAUACGACCCGUACCGGUGUCUGGCUCCUCACUAACACGGAGAAGAUGUUCAAUACCUGUCGGUUGCCAGAAGCUGGAGCGGACGCUCUUGCGAGCAGGAAUCCGGCAUCGGAGCACGCCCAGGAUGUCAUGCUCAUGUUGCAUGAUUUUGUGUAUACCGUACGGGUCUGUGAGGACGAUCGGACACCGUUGCCCGUACAGAUCAUUGAGGACCGAAUACGUGCGGUAGUACUGGACGUGGUCAAGAGAAUAGAGGCCGGGGAAAGCGCAGUGCCAGUUGGUGUCUUGACCUCGGAUGACAGAGACCGUUGGGCAGAGAACUAUCAACACUUGCUCUCCCUUUCGCCCGCAAACGCCUCGACCUUCCGCGCAAUCAACGAGUCUAUCAUGGCUCUUUCUCUCGAUCACUACACUGCCAUGCCGUCUCAUUACCCAACCCCUACCUCCCCAAGUUCUUCCCGAUCCUCUCACACAAGCGUCCCGGCAUUAGACUCCGAUGCAGAAGUCCAAGCACACCUCCACAACACCCGCUCCCCUCCUCGAGCUCGCAACAGAUGGUUCGACAAAAGCCUGACCUUGUCACUGGAGCGCAAUACGCGUGCUGGCGCAAUGGGUGAACACGCACCUGUUGAUGCAUUAGUGCCCAGCAUCGUCUUUGAUUAUGGUGUCGUCGCUGGUAUUGACCCUUCAGCAUUCUCAGAGCCUGUUCCGCGCCCACUUACUUUAGAGGAGGCUCAUGUGAACGAUGGUGAAAAAGGAUGGUCCCGUUUGGAUUGGGUGGCCGACGAGCGGAUCGAAGCUCAGAUAAGAGAAGCGGAAGGGCGAGCUCAGGCCUCGAUUGAUAACUCGGAGGUAGGGAUUUUGGAAUUCGGGGAAUAUGGAUCGGAUUGGAUCGGUAAAGUUGCCCGCCUCCCACCAGACGCCUACACCCAACUUGCACUCCAACUCGCCUGGUAUCGCUCCCGCGGGGUCCUCACAGCGACCUACGAGACAGCCCUAACGCGAAUGUUUAAUGCUGGCCGGACAGAGUGCGUGAGGAGCGCGAGUGUGGAGGGGUUGGAUUUUGUACAAGCUGCUAAGGAAUGGGGACGUGGAGCUGGUUGUGUGGCAGAAGGGGACCAAUAUGAUGUGGAGCCCCGCGCACUUCUUCCUCUCCUCCAACACGCCAUCCAGACGCACGCGAGGCGCACGAGGGAAGCUGCUACGGGUCGGGGAAUCGAUAGACACUUAUUAGGCCUGAAGCUGAUGCUAGAAGAACUCCCUGUGGAUGCGUCCACGUCUACUUUAUCUUCCUUGGACUCUCCUUCGAGUUCGAGCCCUACCGACCCCUCACAAAAACGCACGCAUCCUCUCUUCACCGACCCUCUUUUCUCUCGUUCUCAGGAGUGGAAACUGAGCACCAGUGGCCUAAGCGCUGGGUACCAUUUCCGGGGAACUGGCUUUGGAGCUGGUUGGGAGGAUGGUUAUGGGAUUAAUUACCUCAUAGCACCCCAUCGCAUCAAAUUCUGCAUCGAGUCCAAAUUCUCAUCCACGCUCACCUCCACGAACAAGUUCAAGCAGUAUAUUGCGGAUGCGCUCCGGGAUAUGCAGGCGAUCUGCGAGGCUGGAGAGCUCGAGUUGAAAGACGGAAAGAAGAAAUCAGUGGAUGGUGUAGAAACGCGGGUGCAGGCGCGGUUAUAAGCGCCUGGUGGCGUGAAUCGAGGUCUGUGCCCUCGUGAACUUGAGGACUCGUCACUGAUGGAGAUCAAUUGAUUUUGACUGCAGAUCCCAAGCGAUUGGAUCACAUGCCGGUUCAAUAGAUGCUUGUUGAACGUUGAACGCUUAAGAAUCCUACACCAUUCAUGAAACGGUCAUCAACAACCGUCCUCGCCGCGCAAUACCUGCCUCACUUGUGUUAGUUAUCGCAAACUCCACUAGAUCUUCCUACUUUUGUUCGCGCAAGACUACACUAUACCUACUUAUCGCAUAUCACCACUCAGAUGCAAUCAAAUU